ACAUCACCAGCGAUCUUUUGUGGUAAGGAAAGUAGAAGCGAUGUCAGUUACUCAGCUCAGAUGAACUUGGAAGAAGUUGAUCCUUUCUCUUUAACAUGGGCUGCAAAAUAUGUGUCACCUGGAAGCAAAUUUGUAGCUUGCCUUUCGGAUCCUUGUCAGAAUGGUGGAAUCCGCAAAAAAGCAGAAGGCGAUUUGCAAAGUUGUCGGUGUCCAAAACAUUAUGCAGGAAAAUAUUGCCAAUAUUGCAGUUUCUAUUUAGCUCAUCAACCCACAAUGAAAAGAGGGCUUCUAAAAUACUCUAACGAUCGGACUCGCUUCAAGUUGAAAACACGUGGAAGUGGACUAUUUCUUGCGUUUCAUGGUAACCCAAUGUUGGAGCACAUGAUCAUUUUUCAAAUCUGCAUUCAGCACGCGUCGGUCAUGUCGGUAAUCUUGGCCGAACAACGCACCGAACAAUAUGGCCUUAGCAUAUUCGCCAAAGAUCAUACAGUGUUGAGCCCACAUCAUUGCAGACCGUCUGAGUAUGAUUCGUUUUGGAUUGACAACUCGGAGGGAACCUUUAGAAUGGGCAAUCAGGGGGAUUCAACUCCUUUUGUCAAGUUUCGUCCAACAGAGCAAGUGAAGAUCACAGGCAUUGCCCUAAGAGUGGAAAGUCCUCCUCCGGGUGCGGACUGGAUGGUCGAACUUCCAUGUGGUCGUAGGUUCACCAAGGUCUAAAUGUAUAAACUUGUAUUAGACAGGGCUGUUUCCUGAUCUGCGUUAUAAGCAGACACCUUUGCGGAUCAAAUUAGACAAAAUAGCAAUAUCACAGGCUUGAAUAUUGGUUAUAAACACGAUAUUGAGAAAAACCUUUUUGACACUGCAGCAGAAAGCUGAUAUGACAUUGUAAGUUAUUGCAGAUUAUGAUGCAUCAGGUAAUGCAGCUUUUAAUAUCAUUAUUUUCAACGUAUUCUGGAAUUCAUUUAAUUAAAACAGAACAAGUUAUCUUCGGCUGGGAAACAGCAAUCGAAAGAAUACUCAUCGGAAAUGUUAUAUCGAAGGAUGUUUAUUUCAAGUCUCCCCGUAUUUAUUUUUCUAAAAAUAAAGAUAGACUUUAGAGACGAAUUGGUCUAAAAAAAAGGAAUAUCAAAGAUAUUAUUUUUUCAGACUAAUAGACAGGUAUAGAGACAGAGAAAUUUUACGCUAAGGGAAAAUAUCAAUACUGAAGUCAUUAUGACAACACAAACUCCUUCUUGUUGUUAUCACUGCAGCAUUGUACAGUGAAAUAUUUAUAUAUUUUUUGGCUUUAUAUAUGUUCGAUAUAAUUAUGUUGUUUAAAUUCAAAUUCCACUUGAUGUUUCAUUUUGCCCUUUAGGUUUUCUUAAUCCUUUUCUACACAAACUCACAUAGAGCUGGUUAUGUGUUAGAGAGUUAUAGGCAGAGAAAGGCCAAGUUUUACCGUCCUUUCACACGGUUAAAAAAUCGUAAUGAUGAUUCCAGUGAAAAGUAAUGCUAGUGAAGAAUUUUUAGCACGCGUGAUACCAAAGUAAAAUCACGAACGCUUAUCACAAUCACGAAUUCAAAUUCUUCUCCGGAGGUUAAUUCCAGUUGACUUUCACUCAAAUUACGGUGCGAAUUUUAGGUGUGAAAGGCUUGGCCUCACUCAAAAACAUCUUUUUGGGGGCGGAGAUUACAUGACCUUUCUAGCACUUCCGUAGAUGACACAAAUGCCAUGCACUCAAUAUAGUUUGUAUCUGUGAUGCGUUUUGCUGAUUGACCAAGGAGAUCUCCUUGGAUUGACAAGUCACCAUGGACACUACCUCCUUCGCUCGGGAAUUCGAAUUCAAAUCACAGUUUUCAAGUGAGCGUGUGAAAGUUCCGAAGAUUUUAAAGACGAAUUGCAAUCAUCAAUAAUGAUGAUUAAAGAUUAACGUGUGAAAAGGCAUUAAAUAUCCACCCUUCAUUAUUCUGAUUUGUAUAGCCGGUCAAGUUGAUAUGAGUCUUCAUAAUAUAGGUAGAACCCCAUAAGUUUCCAGCAAGUGAACUCCUCUCAGUAUAUAGAGUAUUGUCAAGAGUUAUAGUAGUAGUCAUAUACUGUAGUUUGGAUCAAUGUACAAACCUGCCAUCUGAUUUAAGCCUCCAAUUGGAAAAUUCUUGAACAAUAUCUCAAUAUUUUAUUAAUAUAUCAAAGGACCU